UCUCUGGAAUAUUCCCCAACUCUCGCACACCAGGCCAGCUGCGUUAGUUUCUAAUAUUAACAGCUCAGUCACUGGACUUGGAGGAGGAGGAGGGGGCUGAGAGUGUUCUGGAAACCUGGUUGUUACUAUAUAAGCAAAGAGUCUGAGUCAGUUGAGGCAUGAGUUUCAGAAGAAACACAGACAGAAGCUACCGAGAAGGAAACUUCAGAGGGAGGUCCUUCCAUACUUCCAAGCGACAGAGAGAUUAUCAUUGACAACAAGAUGUCCUCAGCAAAGGGAAUUUCCAUUGGCAUCGAUCUUGGCACCACCUACUCUUGUGUUGGGGUUUUCCAGCAUGGCAAAGUGGAAAUCAUUGCCAAUGAUCAAGGCAACAGGACCACUCCCAGCUAUGUGGCCUUUACUGACACAGAGAGGCUUAUUGGAGAUGCUGCCAAGAACCAAGUUGCCAUGAACCCCACCAACACAAUCUUUGAUGCCAAAAGGCUCAUUGGAAGAAAGUUUAAUGACCCAGUGGUUCAGUCAGACAUGAAGCUUUGGCCUUUCAAAGUCAUCAAUGACAAUGGGAAGCCCAAAGUCCAGGUAGAAUAUAAAGGGGAGACAAAGGCAUUUUAUCCUGAGGAAAUUUCCUCUAUGGUCCUUGUUAAGAUGAAAGAGAUAGCUGAGGCCUACCUGGGCCAGAGGGUGUCAAACGCAGUCAUCACUGUGCCAGCUUAUUUCAAUGACUCACAGAGGCAAGCCACAAAAGAUGCUGGGGUGAUCUCUGGACUAAACGUACUGAGGAUCAUCAAUGAACCCACUGCAGCAGCAAUCGCCUAUGGCCUGGAUAAAGGUAAAAGAGGAGAGAGCAAUGUGCUUAUCUUUGAUCUUGGUGGAGGCACCUUUGACGUAUCUAUCCUUACAAUUGAAGAUGGCAUUUUUGAAGUGAAAGCUACAGCAGGAGACACACACCUUGGUGGGGAGGACUUUGACAACCGGAUGGUUAACCACUUUGUAGAAGAAUUUAAAAGAAAGCACAAGAAAGACAUAAGCCAGAAUAAAAGAGCAGUGAGGAGGUUACGUACAGCUUGUGAGAGAGCAAAGAGGACCUUGUCCUCCAGUACUCAGGCUAGCAUUGAGAUUGACUCUUUGUUUGAGGGAAUUGACUUUUACACCUCCAUCACAAGGGCACGUUUUGAGGAGCUCAACUCGGAGCUUUUCAGGGGAACACUGGACCCUGUUGAGAAAGCCCUUCAAGAUGCCAAACUGGAUAAGUCCAAGAUCCAUGAAAUUGUCUUAGUUGGUGGCUCCACAAGAAUUCCCAAAAUCCAGAAGCUCUUGCAGGACUUCUUUAACGGUCGAGAGCUAAACAAGAGCAUCAAUCCAGAUGAAGCAGUGGCUUAUGGGGCAGCAGUUCAAGCUGCUAUCCUUAUGGGUGACACUUCAGAGAACGUUCAAGAUCUGCUGUUGUUGGACGUGGCACCCCUGUCUCUGGGCAUUGAAACUGCAGGAGGCGUUAUGACACCACUUAUCAAACGAAACACCACGAUCCCCACAAAGCAAACUCAGAUCUUCUCCACAUACUCAGAUAACCAGCCAGGUGUACUGAUCCAAGUGUUUGAGGGUGAGAGGGCCAUGACAAAAGACAACAAUCUCUUGGGGAAGUUUGAGCUCACAGGUAUCCCUCCUGCUCCCAGAGGUGUACCACAGAUAGAGGUAACCUUCGACAUCGAUGCCAAUGGCAUCCUGAAUGUGUCUGCCGCCGACAAAAGCACAGGCAAAGAAAACAAAAUCACCAUCACCAAUGACAAGGGCCGCCUCAGCAAAGAGGAGAUUGAACAGAUGGUGCAGGAUGCUGAGAAAUACAAGGCAGAGGAUGACCAGCAGAGAGAAAAGAUUACAGCAAAGAAUGCUCUGGAGUCCUAUGCCUACCAUAUGAAGAGCAGUGUUGAGGAUGAGAAUCUGAAAGGAAAGAUUAGUGAGGAGGACAAAAAGAAGGUCAUUGACAAGUGCAACCAGACAAUCUCCUGGCUGGAGAACAACCAGCUGGCAGAGAAAGAUGAGUACGAGCAUCAGCAGAGUGAACUUGAGAAGGUGUGCAAGCCUAUUGUGACAAAGUUGUACCAGGGAGCUGCACCAUCAGGAAGCUGUGGCAGCCAAGCAGGAGGCAGCUCGCAGGGUCCCACUAUAGAGGAAGUGGAUUAAAACCACAGACUUCAGCAUUUCCUCUUAGUAAAAAGAAUUAUCAGUGUUGUAUGGUUUUAUGAAUGAUGUGAUAUCACUAUUUUUAGACAUUACACAAUAAACCCUUUA